AUGGAUCAGGGACCAGGGGGAAAAGACCAGGGACCAAGAACCAGGGACCAUGGGCCAGGGUCCAAAGACCAGGGAUCAGGGACCAAGGAUCAGGGACCGAGGGGAAAGGAUCAUGAACCAGGGACCAGGGACCAGGGAUCAGAGAUAGGGGCAAGGGAUCAAAGCUGGGACCAGGGAUUAGGGACAACGGGACCAAGAACCAGUGACCAAGGACAUGGGACCAGGAACCAGGGAAAUAGGACAAAGGACCAGGUGCCAAGGACCAACGACCAGGGACAAGGUACCAGGGAUAUACGAUCAGGGGCUAAGGACCAGGGACCAGGGACUAGGGACCAGGGUGGGGGACUAGGGAUCAGGGACAAAGUACCAGGGAUAUAUGAUCAGGGGCAAGGAACCAGGGACCAGGAACCAGGGACCAAGGACAAGGGAUCGGGAGACAGAGACUAG